GGCUUGACGUGCAGUGGAAGAGAAACUGUGCCUUUCAGGUCUUCCAACAUUCACUACUAGACACUCGCUCUUGCAAUACCACUUCUUUCCGAUCAAUCAUCCAUCGAAAUGAAGAUCUCUUUCAUCACAGUUCUGGCUGCGGCCCUCAGCGUUACCUCUGCCGCCCCGGCCAUCGAGAAACGCCAGUACUCAUCAAGCACCUACAACCAACUGACUGACGGCACGGCAUGCCGCCCCAUUUCUGUCAUCUACGCCCGCGGGACCGGACAGCAAGGCAAUGUCGGUGACUCUCAAGCUGUCGGCCCGCUCUUCUUCAACAACCUCGCAUCUAGGGUUGGCGGAACGAGCCAGCUCGCUAUCCAGGGUGUCACAUACUCCGCAAGCAUUGCAGGAUUCCUCGCCGGAGGUGAUUCUGCGGGCACGACCACGAUGACGAACUUGAUCUCUCAGACUGCCUCUAGGUGCCCCAACACCAAGAUUGUUCUCUCCGGUUACUCGCAGGGUGCACAGCUCGUGCACAACGCCGCCCAGAAGACUUCCGCUGCUAAUGCGGCGAAGGUUGCAGCUGUCGUCGUUUUCGGGGACCCUAAGAAGGGCCAGUCUCUCGGAUCCAUUGCAUCUUCGAAGGUCCUCACCAUCUGCCAUUCCGGCGAUAACAUCUGCGAGGGAGGAGCCAGCAUUACGCCUGCGCACCUCAACUACCAGAAUGACGUUGGAACUGCUGGCGCCUUCGUUGCUGGAAAGGUUUAA